GUCACAACUGCCUUAGUACAAUGAUGGCUACGUGUGAAUGCCGAAAAAAGUCAACCUCAAAAGACCAGCAAUCUACAAUGACCCCAAAUACCAAGAAUCAAGACAAUUUAUGGUCGUGGGAACCUCAGCCCUGACUAUCUAUCUUGAGGAGCGCCACAGCAAGCGUCUAGCACCGACUAGUGGAAUCAACCCCUGAUAGAACAAAGACCAUUACGAUAACUAACGAGGACGAGGCGAUCCAGACUAUUCAUGUCUCAUUUAUCCCAAUUCUUAUUCUUAUACCCAUCAUGUCACCGUCAUUCAAUUGUUUGAUUCCUGUGGUUGAAUUGGGUGUAUGGAAUCAAUGAGCAUUUGCUGGCUGAUCAAACAUGCCCAGGUUUUGUUCAUUCCUAUCGCAUUUUCAUAUUUUAUUCCUCUACUGUACAUAUAUCUACUGUACAUAUAUUAUGUAUCAUCUAUGUAUACAUGUCCAGGUUAUUUAUCAAAAAAUUUCGUGAUUAAUUGGCGGUUAUUUGAAGUUAUCUUAUCAUACUGUUACUGUUACCUUUUUAUUAACCUCAUUGUAUUGAUUACUUCAUACACACGUCUUGUUGAUAUUACGUUUGAAUGCAAAUACGUUGUUGAUGUUGACUUUGAAAUGUCUGUGAAUUUUGUGUGUACUACCUGAGCUAAUAGUAUUGAAUGCCAGCUGUCAAAGACAGCCUUACUCCGCAAAUACUUUAUUUUCCUUGCAAUUUGUGUUAAAAACCUGUCAAAUUUCAAAAUUGUAGAU